AAGACUUGGAGGAUAUAUAUCUGAUCGUCCUACACGAUGGGCUAAGGAAGGUAUGUGAUCUGCAGCGGUCAUCUCACAUCUCUCACUCACCAUGAAAGCUUCCACUUCAUACCUCCUCACUGCGCUGGUCGCAGGCGCCUACGCAAAGGACCAAGGGACGUACGCCGUGUUGCGGUUCAACAAUGCCGGUGGUCAAUUCUCUACCGAGGGCCGAAUGGACCCCAUCGCCAGCCCCGGCUCAGACAAGACGCACUCUCACGGAAUAAUGGGUGGAAGCAACUUCGAUGUUGUUGUGGAGGGUGACCAGCUCCUAGAUGCCAAUUGCACCAACGCUAAGAUCCUUAACGACAAGUCGAACUACUGGGUGCCUAACUUGUGGUUCCAAUCCCCAGUCAACGGCACUUUCAAGAAGGUACCCUUGUUCUACAUGAACGUCUACUACUUCUUCGAUGCCACAAAUGAUGAGAUCAAAGCUUUCCCACCGGGAAUCAAGAUCAUGAGUGGCGAUACCGACAGGAGGACACCGCCCGCAACCGGGGGUCUCCAGCUCGACCCCACCAAAGGCGAGAUUCAAGCAGUUCAGUGGACCUGCCCCACGCAAGAUGCCAACAUUCCACGAUACCCGGCCAGUUCGGACGGCACCAAAGCCGGACUUCAGGACCCGUCGAAUGCCGGUGCCGGAGCUGGUUUCCCCGUGGUAAACUGCGAUGGAUAUGCCUCCCCUCUCCGACAGGAUAUCCACAUGCCGUCUUGCUACAACCCGGAAGCCGGCUUGAACGACUACAAGAACAACACGGCGUUCCCGACGCCCACCUCCGGCGGAAAGGUGGACUGUCCCCCGGGUUGGGUGCACGUCCCUCACCUAUUCUUCGAGGUCUAUUACGACACCCCGCAGUUCCAGAACGAGUGGACUCCGGACGGCCAGAAUCAGCCGUUCGUGCUGUCGAACGGCGACCGCACCGGAUACAGCUCCCACGCGGAUUUCAUCUCCGGAUGGGAUCAGAACACUCUUCAGCGGAUCAUCGACACGUGCAAUGCUGGUUUCGUCGGCAUGGAUACGUGCCCCGACAUCCCCGGUGGCUUGAACACCGAGAUAUGCCAGAUUCCGAGCAAGAACCCCGAUCCAACUGAGCCGUGGAUCUCGCAGCUUCCGGGAGACAACACAGUCUCUGGAUGGGGAGUAUAAGCCGUACUACUAGGCACUCUUCCUUUUAUUCGAUUCAUUAUUGUAUAUAUUACCCGCGGCGGGCCGUCUGUAUGAGUACCGCUCUGUUCAUGUGUAUAUAUCUUGCUGGCGCAGAGGGAAGAGCAUUGGGUUGUUUGACGUUAUAUUGUCAUAAGUAUGGCUAUCAUUUUCUAACUUGGAGUACAAGAACAAAUGUAUAAAAUUACAUAGGGAUCGAAUAUGGGAAAUUAUAGACUUAGGUGCCAAUCGAACAGAGUUGGAUAAGCAAUCGCUCGUUUGCGAACCUUCCUACUUCAUAGCUAAACUUCCCUUAUAAUAUUAAGAAUUCUCAUGCUAUUCCCUCUUUGGAAAACGAUGAGAUGCUAGCGUUAACCCGGAGAGAACGACACAGCGCUAAUGAAAG